AUGGUAAUUACUGGCACUUGGUAUUCCAUCGGUAUCAGCACUAAUAAUACUAGCACAUUGAAUAAUACCUUUCAAAUUGUAUUAUGUACAGAUGAAGAUCGUAGUUUUAUCUUUUUUCUUUAUCAUGAUCUUCAAUGGGUCAAUCCUUCCAAUAGAUCGUAUUAUUAUGCUGAAGCAGGGAUCCACAAUGGUGAUCGAAAUAAAUCACAAAUGCUUCCGUAUUCAGGCACAGAAGAUAUUGUAAAAUUAGUUAAUGAGAGUAAUGUUAAUAUACCUGGCUUAUUUACUUUUCGUGUUGACGCAGACGAGAUCAAUGCAGGUGGUUGUAAUGAAAAUGUAACAAUGGUUUCCUUCCGUCCUCGCAUUAGUUCACAACUUGGCUCUACAGCUCUCAAUAUUUAUGGUUCAUGUUUUACAAAUCAAACAAAAGUCAAAUGUCGAUUUGGUUCUUCAUCACAAACUAUCGAUGGUUUUAUUAUUGAUGAAUUUCGAGCUAGUUGUCUUACACCAUUUGCUUCUGUGCAUGGACCGGUGCCAGUGAAUAUAUCCAUUGAUAAUGGACAAACAUUCAUUUCAGCUGGUACUUUUACAUAUGCUCCAUUACAAUUCAGUUCUGAUGAAGUAAUUAUUGAAAUAGAAGGUGGUAACAAUUUACUUGAAGUUGGGAAAUAUGUUAGACUAACAUGGCGUUUUUCUGAAAUAGUAAGAAAUACAUUUCCUAAUGGUACAAAAAUCGACAUCGAAUUAUGGAAAGUAAAUCUCAACUCUCAAUCACAAUUACAAAAAAAUAAUACACCAGUAAUACUUGUACGAAAUUUGAAUCUUAUUAAUUCGGUUCGUAUUCAAUUACCCUCGAGUAUUUCUGAUAUUUCGACCUGCUUUAUUCGAGUAAUUGCACGCUUUAAUGCUCAAAUAUACGCUGGAUUAAAUACAGGUUUACUGAUCGUUAGAAGUCGUUCAUCAGUGGCUCUCGGAUUAUGUCUAAAUUGGGCUGCGCAACAACCUGCACCAUCAACAUGGAAUAGUGAUAGCCUUCUUCAGUGUCCAAUGACACAUUGGCAAGCAAUAGCAGCUGGUCGUUGUUGUUAUGAACCUGAUAGACAAUGUUACGAUGGUAGUUCGAAUCCGAAUAAUUGCUGGCUUCAUAAAGCUCGUUCUGGGCGUGAUGAACCAUCGGCUGUCGAAUGUUAUAUUUCAAAAUAUUCAAAUAACCAUCGUGCUGGAGCAGAAUGUUGUUAUGAUAGUGCUCAAAUGUUAAUUACGCGUGGUACAGGCGCAGGAACUGAUGAUCGAUAUCAUCAAACAAUAUCACCUGUUCAACAUUUUUUUCAUGAUACUUUACCCUACUUACAAUGUUGUAUGAUGACUAUAGAUGACGGAGCGUGUAAUGCAUAUAUGUAUUAUCGACCACCACGAAGAGGUAGUAAUACAAUGGGUGACAGUGGUCGAAUGUGGGGAGAUCCACAUUUCGGAACACUCGAUGGAACCUCGUAUACUUUCAACGGCUAUGGAGAAUACAUUUAUCUAGCUAUUAGUAAUAGUACAUCGCCAUCAGCUGCCUUCAAUGCUAGUAGUCAAUCUUAUAUAUUUAUGUCACAAAUUCGAACUAUUCCAAUUAUGUCAAAUGAUGCCACCGUCACAAAAAGCUUUGCUGCUCGAUCUAACAAUAUCGAAAGUGAAACAGUAAAAGUAACUGUUUCGCGUCGUCAACAUCUUGUUUUACACCAUGGAAAUGAACUUCUUGAGUUCGAUGAUAAUAUUCAUAUACUUUACUUUUCUGAAAUGACUAUUAGUCGACUUGAUGGUAAUAAUAGACACUUCUCUCUUUCAUGGACCAUUGGUGUGACUAUUGAAAUAAAUGUGAUUGAAAUGACAUCACCAUCAAAACAAUUGGUGCUUAAUAUAGCUGCUUCAAUAGCUGGACGUUUCCGUGGUAAAACAUACGGACUAUUAGGUACUUAUGAUGGAAGAACAGAUAAUGAUUUACGAAGUCAAAAUGGAAGUAUCAUAAGUAGUAAUGGUUCACUUGAACAAAUUCAUAAAAAUUUUGGUGUUACUUGGGCUAUUGAUCCAUCUUCAUCAUUGUUGUACUAUGAAGCAGGUCAAACUCCUGAAUUCUUCAGCGAAAAAAAUCGUGUAUUUAAUGCAUCAUUUAUUGAUCCGAUAACAACUAAUAAUUCCACAAUUCAUAAUAGUUGCAAUAUAAAUGCAACCGCUUCACCUUCAUCAUGGAAUCUAGCUCAACGAACAUGUUACUAUGAUUUAUUUAUGACCAAUGAUAUGAAUUUAGCUAAUGCAUCAUUGAUGGCCGGUAAUGAACUUUUAUUGAUUCAAAAGAAUCAAAGAAACCCACCUUCAUUCAAAUCAUCGCUUCCUCUUAGCAUGAAUUUGACACAGGGUAAACAAGUGUCUUUAAAUAUAUCUGCAACAAGUGAAUAUCCAUCGCAUGUUGUCGAAUUGUUUGAAUUACAUCGACCUGUUAAUGCUACAUUUGACCGGAAUACAGGCAUAUUUCGAUGGACAGCUAUUAGUGGUGAACAUUACUUGAGCAUUGGAGCUCGUGAUACAACUUAUAAUUUAAUAUCAAAGCAUGAUAUCACUUUUUAUGUACAAGCAAAUGCUCCAAGCACUGUUACUCCUAAUAGUGGCAGGAAUACUACUGUUACCACUACUAGUGGCAGUAAUAAUCUAGUUAAGGAAGCUAAUUUUAUCAUUACAAUUCUUGGCCUAACUGUUCUUUUUGGUUGA